UGGCUUCUUUUCUUUCUUCUUUUACCUUUUAGGUCUUCUACUUCUAGACUUUAUUCGGCACGUUGGGACCAACAUCUAUUUUUCGCUUCUUAAUUUAGAUAGAAAAAGAUUGUAUAUUUGAUUAGGGACUGUACUGAUUUUCUGUUUAUUUUUCUGGGUUUUUAAAAUUGAUAUUGAUAUGAUUAUAUUACGGUUUACCCUCGAUUGAUUGCACUCCUUCAAUCUCUUAUAAAAUGUACAGUGUCCAGAAUUUGAUUCCUUUUUGAAUCCAGUUGGUUUAUUGUCCAGAACAAUUUGAGGUGAAAAGGGUUUGGAUUAUUUGCUACUUGGAACCAAAUCUUUCCUUUUGAUCAACCACAAAAACAUGAGAAGAUUAUGGGCAACAAAAGAAGUGGCUUUCUCGUUGAUUCAGCUGUUUUUGUUUUCUGCUGCUGCAUUUUUGCAAGGUAGUUUAUGUGAGCCUCAGAACUCCCAGAAUCGCCGUGGAAUCCAUAAUUUGGACUAUAAUGCUGUUUUUCGUGUUCAAGGAAACGUUUAUCCUGAUGGGUACUUUUACACUACCUUGAAUAUUGGUGAACCUCCUAAACCCUAUCAUCUUGAUAUUGAUACGGGAAGCGAUCUAACUUGGGUUCAUUGUGAUGCUCCUUGCAUUAAUUGCCCUAAGAGCCCACAUGAUCCUUAUAAACCUGCGAAUAAUGCUCUUUCAUGUCAUGAUUCCUUGUGUACGUUUUUGCAACAUCCUCCAAAUUAUCCGUGUCACAAUCCUAGUGAUCAAUGUGACUAUGAAAUUGAGUAUGCUGAUCAUGGUUCAUCUAUUGGCGUACUAGUGAAAGACUUUUUCCGCCUUCAAGUCUUAAAUGGUUUUGUUGCACGUGCUUCUUUAGCUUUUGGUUGUGGCUAUGAUCAAGACAUUUCCGGUUCACCCCCUUUCGUAGAUGGAGUUCUUGGUUUGGCAAAUGGAAAAUCUAGUCUUUUGUCUCAACUUCAUGAACUGAAAGUGAUGAAGAAUGUGUUUGGCCAUUGUUUAAGUGUCCAGGGAGGAGGGUAUCUUUUCUUUGGCGAUAAACUAGUAUCAAAAGAUACCGUUUGGGUACCUAUGUUGAAACAACAAAUUGAGAACUAUUAUUCAAUAGGACCAGCAGAUCUGCUUUUUAACGGGAAAAAUGUUGUCAAGAAUGGCCUUUCCUUUGUUCUUGACAGUGGAAGUACCUACACUUACCUUAAUAGUCCAGUUUAUGAAGCUGCCUUAUCCAUGAUAAAGAAAAAUGUCGACUCAAAGAAAUUAAAGGUUGUACACGAGGAUAAAACCCUUCCCGUAUGUUGGAAAGGUAUUGAACCCUUCAAAUCAAUCAACGAUGUCCAAAUGUUUUUCAAGCCUUUAGCACUAAAAUUCUCGAAGGUGAAGAAUGCAGUGAUAGAAAUGUCACCAGAAGCCUAUCUUGUUAUUAAUCAAUUUGGGAAUGUAUGCCUGGGAAUUUUGGAUGGUGGUGAAGCAGGUUUAGAAGAUAUCAAUAUUCUUGGAGAUAUUUCGUUGUUAAAUAAAAUGAUGAUCUAUGACAAUGAUAAUUCUCGAAUUGGAUGGGCAACGGCAAAGUGUGAUAUGCUUCCAAACUUUGAUCAAGAUCAAGAUACUGAUACACAUUUAUACCGUGUGGAGCGCGAUUAUGAUGAACUUUAACACGAUCCUUGAAUAAUUGGUAUGCAUUAUCAGCUUUGAUCUUAUUGGUGGUAAAUAAGGUAAAUAAAAUUUUUACCCUAAAUUAUUGUGGCCAAUGUAAUCGCCUUGUCCAGAAAACCUUGUUGCAAAGGAAUUAUUGUAAGCUAUACUCAACAUUUUUUUUGGGUAAAUUGUAAACUGGACAUGAUAAUUUUGUAUAAAUAUAUGUGAUGAUUUUUCCAAAA